AUGCCGCCUGCGAACUCUAACCGCGCCGCAUCCCGCGGGAGGCGAACUCCCGCCGUUGGGACCAUCGAGGUCAACCGCACUGAAUACGCCAUCGCAGCCGACUCAUUCUCCCUCCUCCCCUUCCUCCCCUCCCUCCCCUCAUCCCUCCCCCUUCCGCCCCAGAAAACUCGCCCCUCCCCAUACCUCUCCCUUCCCCUCUUCCUCCGCCUCUCCCCCCACCUCUCCCCCCUCCUCCCAUCCCCCCUCCUGGAUGUCCCGGGCCUUCUCCCGGACCUCCCUGCCACCGAACCUGCGGCGGAGGCAUGGGUUCGUUCGGACCUCCCACCAUGCCCCGAGGAGGAGGCUCGGGAAAACCGUGCCUUCGAUCAUCCAACAGCUCAGGAAAACCAUGUCUUCCUGGGCCUCCAGGCUCGGAAAACCCCUGCCGUCCCGGACCUAGCGGGUGGGGGGAGGGGGCGGGGGAAGGAUGGGGAGGGCCCUGUCUCCCCUGGGGAGGAUGGGGGCCGUGGGGAGCAUGGGAGGGAUGGGGGGCGUGUUGGGGAUGGGGAGGAUAAGGACUUGACUGGGGGGGAUGGUUCGGGGGAUGGGGAGAUGAGUGGGAGGGGAGGGGGUGGAGCAUGUGAGGGGGAAGGUGGGGAGAUGGGUGAGAGGAGGGGUGUAGUUGGCCUUGAGAGGGGGGAUGGGGUGAGGCAUGAGGGGGAUGAGUUGGAGGUCCAUGUGGGGGACCAUGAGGUCCAUGUGGGGGACCAUGAGGUCCAGAAUGUGGUCCAGAGUGAGGCCCGUUGCGGUAAUGGUGGGGGGGAGGAAAAAUCGGUCUCUCUUCUCUCCCCCAUCCCUCUUCCCUCUCUCAUCCCUCCUCCCUCUCUCAUCCCCCCUCCCUCUCUCAUCCCCCCUCCCUCGCCCAUCCCUCUUCCGUCCCUCAUCCCGCCUCCCUCUCUCAUCCCGCCUCCCUCCCUCAUCCCCCCACCCCCACGUGCUGCUGCUGCUGUGCCGAACCUACCUCCUCCUGGUUCCCUCCCCUCUUCUGAACCUGACCUGAAGCCUGGAGGGUUGCCGAACCUGUCAUCCCGAGCCUCGUUCCUCUCUGAAAUUCCCCUCCUCUUCCCCCCUGCCCUCUUCCUCCCUCCUGUCUCCCUCCCCCUCGCCCUCCCCUCCCCACUCCCUCCCUCCCCCCUCCUCUCCCUCCCCCCCUUCCCGCCCUCCCUCCUCCCCUCCCUCCUUCCCUCCCCCUUCCUCGUCCUCUACCUUCACCACUCCCCACUGCACUCAACAGCACUGCACUCUCUGGUGGGGGCCCAGGAGCUGAUUACGAUUCACCUGCCAUUGCUCCUGUCCCACCUGCAUUGCACCCUCCUCCUUCAUCUCCCCUUCCUCCCCCCUCUCCCCUUCCUCCAUCCCCUCUCCCCACUCCCCUCUCCCCUCCUCCCAUCCCUCCUCUCUUCCCCACUCUCUCUCCUCUCCCUCCUCCCACUCCCCUUCCUCUGCCUCCCCUUCCUCCCUCUCCUCUUCUCCCACCCUCUCCCCCUCCCUCACACCCUCUUGCAACUCUCCCUUUCUCACUCCUCCCUCACUUCCUCUCCUCUCCCCUCCCUCACUCCACUCCUUCUCCCAAGACCCUCCCUUUUCACCCCUACCCACCAAGCCUACUCCAAUCCCCAUCCCACCAUCCUUCCCUCUCUCUCUACCACCAUCACUCUCCGCAUCUCUCUUCCUCCUUCCCUCCUCUCCCUCUUCUUGAACAUCCACCCUCCUUUUCCUCGCCCUCCCUUCCUCUUCUCCUUCCUCUCUACCCUUAGAUCUUGCCUCGGAAAAACACCAUCGCUUCCCCGCCUCCUCCCUCCCACUCCCUCCUCCCCCUCUACCCCCUUUACUCCCCUUUCUUGCUUCCGCUCCUCUCCCCGCCUCUCCUCUCCCCAUUCCCCACCAACUCCCGGCCUUUCCCUUCGUUCCCUGCUUUCCCUGCUUUCCCUUUCCUCCCUGUCUCUCUUGGCAUCAGUCAACAUCCCUCUGCUAUCUUUACUCCCCUCAGCACAAACCCUCCUUACCGUCUCCUCGCUUCUCUCACUCUCCCUCCUCUCCCUCCCUCUGCUCCUCUCCCGCUCCCCGUCCCUUCCCCUUUCCAACUGCCCCUCCUCUCCUCGUCUCUCAUGCUCCCUCCUCUCCUUAUUCUCCCUGCUCUCUCUCCUCUCUCUACUCUCCCUAUUCUCCCUCCCAUCCUCGCUUCUCUCUCUACCACCUAAGGCUCGAUGCUCCUGCUUACCUCUAUCCAUCCCCACACCAGCAGCAGUACGAUCCCCCCUAUCCUUCUCCUCCCCUCCCACCCUCCCCUUCUCACUGACCCUUUCCCUCCCCCUCUCCCACACCCCCUCCCUCACCCCCUCUUUCUCCCCCUCUCUCUCCACUCCCUUUUCUCUCUCCCUCUCUCUGCCUCGUUCCCUCUCCCUCUCCCUCUCCCUCUCCCUCUCCCUCUCCCUCUCCCUCUCCCUCUCCCCCUCCCUCUCCCUCUUCCCUCUCGCUUUCUCUCCUUCCUCCCCCUCUCUUUUUCUCUCCUUCUCGCUUCCUCUAGACCUUUCCCCCUCUCUCCUUUCCCCCUCUCUCCUUUCCCCCUCUCUCCUUUCCCCUUCUCUCCUUUCAUCCCUCUCUUCUCCGUUUUUAUCCCCCACUCCUUCCCUCUCCCUCUCCCCAGCCCUUCCAUCCCCCUCUCUUCUGUCUCUCUCCUUUUCAUCCCUUCUGCCUCUCACCUCAAACUCCUUCCUCUCCUCCUUACUCCUUUCCCCCUUCCUUCUCUCCUCGCUCCUCCUCUCCUCCCUCCUCCUCCACUCCUCACUCCUUUCACGCACUUCCACCACCCUCCUCCCCUCAACCACCACCCCAUCACUCCCCUCCCUAGCCCUGACACUCUCCCUCCCUCUCUCCUUCUCACUCGCCCUGUCCUCAUCCCUCUUCCUAGACUCACUACUCAAACCAAAAGCAGUUUCUUUGUUUCUCUCCCCCCCCCCCAACGCCCUCCUCUCGCUCUCUCUCCCCUCCUUCCACCCCUCUUUCUACCCACUCCUCUCCCUUCGUUCCCUUCGCAUCUCCCUCAUCCUCUCCACCUUCCUCCUUCCUCUCUUGUCCCUGCUCUUCCUGCUCACGACUCCCCCCACCUGCCCCACUCUCAGCCUUAGCCUCUUCUGCUGCCUCUCCCUUCCUCUCUCCUGCUCCUCCCACACCAAUCUUGCCUUUCGUUUGUUUCUCCCCAAAACGGCCAUCCAACACUUGAGCUUCUUUCUUAUCACUUUUCAUGACAUCGCCUUUCACACCCCACUCUAG